UGCCGGUUAAAAUUUCGUAAAGUUUUGGAUUAACGCGUGGGUACCAGCACGCACGUGCGGAUUCUGUUGUGAUCGACAAUGUCCGUUUCGUCGACUGAGGACGAUCGCUGGAAUUCUGAAAAACCAGUUUUUAUCAUUAGUGAAAGCAAGGACGAUCUAGUAGACGCUGCGAAUGCGGAAAAUGUACCGGAAGAGCACAAACAGUCGACACGAACCUGGACUUUGGCGUUCGUGAUGUUGAUAUCCUAUGUAACCCUCAAUACGGUGUCAGCCCAACUGGGCAACAUCGCCUUCAGAGAUCCUGAUAUAAGUUUCAGCGCUCCGUAUCUAUUCGUCCUUUUUAAGAUCAUCUUCCGGGCUUUGGCAUUUCCCAUUUAUAUCGUAGCUAAUACAAUUACUAAAAUAAUUUUACGUCGGAAACUGGACUUCCGACGCACGUGGUGGCGUUGUGAAGCUAUUUGUGGAGAGCAAGGAUUGCUUACAUGGCGAGUGAUAAUAUUCAAGUUAUUUCCGGCAACAUUUUUUAAUCUGCUGGUCCAGAUUGCUUAUACGUUGGGAAUAGCCAAUUUGACCACUUCCGUUGCGUCAGCUCUCACUCCGUUGGCUGUGUCGACAUCAUACAUAAUGACCUGGCUGUUUCUCAAACAUAAGUUAUUAGCCGUCAAGGUGUUUUUUGUUUUUGUUACACUCGCCGGCGUCAGUAUCAUUGCCUACGAGAAAUUUGCGUUUGAAUUUACCGCGGCGACAAUCCUUGGUAUCUGUUCCAUGAUAGUGCAAGAUCUCUCCUUGUCCUCAUAUCAGCUGUGCUUCAAAAAGGCAUUUCCUAAAGGUGAUCUCGGUCAGGUGUCCUUUGCUGUUUCCGCCAUGUAUGUCUUGAUGAUAUUAAUGUACUGGCCGGUGCCGUUGAUAUUGAAAUUAACCGGCGUGGAGCAGUAUGACAUUCGUGAGAUGCCUUACGGGAUAUUAAUUGGUUCGUGGUCCUGCACUGCCGUGAGCUCGAUGGUAUAUGGAUAUGGCUUGGUGCUUGCCAGUGGAUUUUUUAUGAGUUUAAGUGAUCUCCUUAUCUUGGCAUCCAAUACUGUUAUUGAUCACUUGCGAAAGUUGCCCAUUAGCGACUACCAGAUAAUCGGGACUUGUGUAAUUGGAGCAGCCUUCAUUAUGAUGGUUAUGCCGGAUAAAUUUGUGUCCAUCGAUAUCAAGAAGCGUUGGCAGCGCCUUCGAGGUAAUCCACUUCCUCCGACAAGUUCACGUUUGGUGCUGGAUUUUGCCGAUGGAUCCACCAGUUCCCAGACUGAGUUGACGGUUCCAGCGGAAAUGCGAAUGCGCUCCCGAUCGAGUUUGCUAGCAAAUGAGAUUGUGGUUAACACAAGCCAUCCGGAUCUGCUAGAAAAUGUCGAUGUUAUUACGGAUGAUGCGACGGUGACCGCUUUAUGACCUUUUCGCAGUCGGCUGUUGUAAAAUGCGAUGCCGAUGCAGUAGAAUCUUUGUACAGAAGUACAAUACAUAGUACAUACUCAAGUAGGUGUUUAUUACUUGUCGGUUUAUCACUGGCAUUAAAAUCUGGAACAGUUCUAUUAAAAUUCGUUAAAUUUGUGCUGAAUGCUGUUCACGAUAUUUCUUGUCUUAAAAUGCGAGAAACUCCAGCUGGUCGUUGCGACACUUUUUCAUAAUGAAGGUAAAUGCUGUCUGUUAAUAGGAAAAGGUCAUACUCAGCUUCUGAGCAUUGCUGCCGGACGUGAUCACGAAUUUGCUGUGCGUGCGCUACGC